AUGGAUGAAAAAUCAUUCGGAUUCAAAUUCGGAUUAUUUUUUGUGAUUUUGAUUGCAGAAUCAAUUAUUUUUGUUGGAGCACAAAAUCUUGAUGAGGAUGGCGUUAAAGUGCUUUGCAAUACGGAUCUCACAUCAUCUCUUCCUCUUCCAUAUGGCGAUCUCCCAAAUAUGUUUUUAAAACACCCCCACCAUCUUCGGCUUACUGUUCACGAGGACAAGAAGACCAUCAAAUUCGAUUUCUCCUCAAGUAACACGGAUGUUAAUGGCGACUCACCUUCUAGCAAUAUUAAAAACAGGAAGACUCGUGGAGUACUGGCUAUAUUGGGAUGGGUGGUUGUUGGAUUUUCACUUAACCACAGGCUGCAUGAUUCCAUUCCUGUGCACAGAGGCAUCGGAGUAUUCAUUCUCAAGCUAACACUUCUUCAGAGCUUGUACAAGGCUCUAUUCAAGUUUAUCAGGAUAAAGAGCUUGAGCUUAUUUCCUCGCUGUAAGUAUUUUAAAACUGGUAUAAAGGAUGGCGUUGCGUGGCAUUUUACAUCAGGUUACUUCGUUCUUCACAUGACAUAG